ACGUUUCACAUCAAGAAGUGACCAAUUCUAUAUGGUAAGCUCGUCUAUAUGAAGGUUGCAGAGGGUAAGUGGGUCCAGCCGCGACGCGUAAACAAAGGAAAGAAUUGCUUUUACCUCUAUACGGCAUACAUGUCGUAAAUGCAACUACACUAUUCUACUUAACCUUUUGAUGUAUUUACUAUACCGUGUUUCUUUUGCUUCAAAUGUGCGCUCUUGUAACCUUAUUAAUUUUUUCAAUUAAAACACGUUGAGAAUACCGAAAUUAACCUUCCUACUGCCAAAGACGCAUUGUCUACAUUGAUUAAGAUGCAGUAAUUUUUUUUUCGAUUUUUUUGAGAUUAAUUUUUGUUUUGUUAAUUUUUUUUUCGCGAGCAUAUUCUUAUUAAUUGGUUCAGUCUUUUAUACAACAUAAAUUUGGUGCUAUAUCUUUUCGAUAACAUUACUAUCCGCAACCUUGUAUCCUUGUCCUCCAUUUAUCAUGCCCGGACGCGUUAUUGUUGCCCCUAAAGGUGAAUCAAUACAAUUUGUUCAACUUCUGCAUCCCGCAGAGGAACGGCUACAAUGGUACGGUCUACGAACCGAAUCAUUAUUGGAGGUAAUACAAGUGGGAGAAGAAUGUCCAAGCAGGUCUUGGUUCAUUGGAAAUGAAAUUGUAGCAGAUGGAAAGGUGUGGGUCUGUUCUCCUUGUUCCUUAUUACCGUUUGUCUUACCAGUUCUGCAAGAAUUGACUUGGAAUCGACAAAAUGAGCCUGUCCGGUAUGUUGUUCUUGAGGAUAUCAAGGAUUCGUUUGCAGCUCGAGGCCCUGCAUAUGCUCUCGUUCUCCAAAUACUUCCAAAUGCGUUUCUACGAGCUUUGAACGUUGCGUGUAGUAAAAAGGAAUCUUCCAAUGGCAUGCCCGAAACGUAUCAAUUGAGCAAGAAACAAGUGCUCACAUACCUGCAACAAAAGAUCCAGGUUGCGGUUGACAACCUACCUCCGAGUAUUUGCAGUCAUUUGCUUCAGCAGCUCACGCCUGUCGAAUAUGGAAAAAACGUGCCUGACGAUAUCGUCGCCUUGGCAAAACGUCGCUGUGCAAUUGGAUUCGUUUGCGAUGGAAUUAUUAUGCCAUUCGCAAGUGAACUUACUUUGAAUGCCGAGGAGCAUAAGCAACUAGAUACUUACGAAAAGGAUAUCCGGGACGCCAAACAGCGUUCCCAGCAUGACCAAUUUAAGGAUCCCAGCAAACGUGUCCUGACAUCAAAUAAUUCCACAACCAAAACGAAACGCUCACGAACCUCGGAAAGUGCUGGUGCACGCAAAUUGAAGUCAGUUUCUACUACAAACAUGAUGAAGAUUUCCUCCUUUUUUAAAAAGAAAGACUAAUCAGUAUGUACGUGCAUCUGCAAAUCCCCCAAAAACACACGGGUCUCCGUUACAGUAAUGGACCGCGCUACUUGACGCGAGCUUUUUCAUUCAUGAAUUUCCACUAUGCACUAAUUGUUCUUAGCUUACCAAUUACUUGCUAAUCCUUUUUUUCGGGAGAACAGAGCCAGUGUUGUCUGUAAUACUUCAGCUCUGCAAUACUCUCCUCAAUAUCCGAGAGGGCACGGUGAGCCAAACGCUUUUUAAAGGGAGGAAUAUCGGGACGCCAACGUCUGCAAAGCUCUUUAAUGGUGGAGACGUCAAUGAUUCGAUAAUGAAGAUGCUCAAUUACCUUUGGCAUUUCGACGGUCAGAAAACGCACAUCUGCAUGAACAGAGUUGCCUGCAAUGAGAGCCUCUCUACGCCGAGGAAUGUACUUUUGAAUGUAGUUGAGCAAUUUUUGUUCUACUUGAUUCACUGACUGCUUGCAUUGCCGACAACGUUCUGUCAAACCUGAUGCUCCGUGAUGAUCAAUGCACCAAUCGUUCAUCUGACGAAGUUUGUCGUCGUCGACAUGGAUUGUCUCCUCAAACUUUUCUUCAAUGGGGUUUAAAUCGCCGUCUGUGAUGAUGGCUGCCACUUCCAUAAGCACAUCCUUGCCAACUUCCAAUCCUGUCAUCUCACAGUCAACCCAUACGAGUGGGGAACGAAGAGCAGCAGUCAUGGUAUGCGUUCUAAGUGGUGUAUUGAAGGAAAAACUUCUAGGUGAUUUAUCUGUGCGUUUUACAGAUUAGAAAAAAAGAUACGUUGACAAAAACGCAAAUGUUGCCGCAAAACAUCGUACAUGGAAAACUGAACGUUUGGAAGCCAGCACUAAAAGUCCUACUAAGUCUCUUGACUGGCGUAAUAUGAGGAUUUUGUCUUAUAAGGCGAACGUAAGAAAUGAAGCUUGUUGUAUGACAACGCAUAACAGCUGCUAGUGUCUCUUACAGCCCACUUCUACAGUCUACCUUUGUCAACGGAUAUUCCCCAUGCUUAAGCAUUCGCUACGACCACGUGUAUCGUGUUCCGAAAUCUUUUACCUCUUCUUUUUCUCAGACAACAUCUCUACGGCCGUUUCGCUUCGUAGUCGUCUUUGCGGCAGCAAUUUUUUAACUUACUCUCUGUACUAGCUUAGUAGUAGUAGCACUUGCAAUUGUAUCUUGUCAAACAAGUCAGUCCCAAUUUUUAACAGAUAGAUCACUAUGAAUAGACAACUGUAAAGUUUUCGUUGCAAUUACUAUUCAGACAAAUCCUUCUAUCCUACACAGCUG